GACAACGUGGUCUCCACUUUGAAGAAGAUAGGCAGCCUGCCAAGCCAUCUGUUGCUUUCAGUAGCGCCUUUUAUCGAAGAAGCUUAGGGAGACUCUGAAAGGAAUACCGUGUUCGAAUAAUUACUUUAGAUCGAUUCGAGAUCGAACGAUCAAUUGUCAAAUUUCCGCUGACUUCAGAAGAAAGACGUAAUGCGAAGAAGAGCGGGAAAAAUGGAAUUCGAGCCUGAUCAAGAAAUGAAGAACGCCGCCGAAUGUUUAUUAGGACUGGCGAAUUCUAGGCCGGCUAGGCCUAGUAGUUUACCAAUAACAAACUGUUAUCCGCCUACUGCUUCCGAUUCGGAUCAAGCUGUUUUCCAGAUUGCCCGAAUACUUACUGAUCUCACAAAGUAUAAACAAGAAGAACCAAAAGAGAAAAAAUUAAGAGAAAGAAAACGAAAAUCUUCAAGUUCAAAUGCACGAAGAAAGAACGCAAAAAAGACACAUGCUUGCCCGUAUCAGUUUUGUGGAAAAGUGUACGGAAAGAGUUCGCACUUGAAAGCUCACCAACGAACGCAUACAGGUGAGAGACCGUUUGAAUGCAGUUGGCCAGAGUGCGUAAAGAAGUUUGCUCGUUCUGACGAGUUAGCAAGACAUUACCGAACGCAUACGGGAGAAAAGCGGUUCCAAUGUCCUCUGUGUGAGAAAAAAUUUAUGAGGUCGGAUCAUUUGAAAAAACACGCCAGCCGGCAUCCGGACUUUGAUCCAGAUAUGUUAAAGAAUGGUUUACAUAUCAUUAACGAUACGUUGAACAGUGACGGAAUGUCUUCCACAACCUCUUCCAUACCGUCACCAACGCCAUCUGAUGGUAACUCGGUCAAGAAUAUGUGA